CGAGUGCCUAGAGAGUAAUAGAGAGUAACGGAGGUGAGGGCGGUUGGCUCCGACGUCAUCGUCGGGCCGGGGGCCGGACCCGUCCCGGUCUCUAGGCCCCGGAGCCAACAACUCCCCCUCCGGCCUCCAAGAACGGCGAUCCAACUCCCCGCCAAGUAGCCGGCGGAGGCCCGCCGUGUAUCCCCUGUUCCUAGGAACCCCCAGGGUUAAUCUGUUAUUAAAAUGGGGGUUCACCCCCAGCCAUCCAUCCACCUCUUCGACGCUCCCAUCCCUUCAUCACAAGUCGUUCAAUCAUCAUGGUUUACACGUACCCGGGCUUCCUCGCCCUUCUUCUGCCUGCUCUCGCAGCCGCGCAGCAAAUUAGCACCGCCGUGCCCGAAAAGCAUUUGAAGCUGCCGACUCAAAAAUGCACACUCAAGGACGGGUGCAAGACCUUCGAGACGGCUGUGGUCCAUGAUGCCCUCUGGCGCAAGCUUCACAAAGUCGACGACCCUAGUACCCCGUGCUGGCUCGGCAGUCCUGACUGCACCGACGUGGAGGCAUGCGCAAAGAACUGCGCGCUCGAAGGAGUGGACUAUGCUGUCCGCGGUGUGGCCACGGAGGGAGACGCCAUCACACUGAGCCAGUUCGUCAAGGCCCCCGAUGGAAGCCUCACCGUCGGUAGCCCGAGGGUGUUUCUUGUGGCUCCCGAUGGAAAGAACUACGAGCCUUUCAAAUUGCUGAAUCAGGAGUUCACCUUUGACGUCGACUUGUCGAAGUUGGUGUGUGGCAUGAAUGGCGCUCUGGUUAUCGGCGAGAUGGACAUGACCGGGGCACGGAGUGAGCUGAAUCCCGCUGGUGCCGAGUACGGAACUGGCUACUGCGAUGCCCAGUGUGCGCAGCACGACUGGAUCGAAGGCAUAGCAAACAUCGACCACAAAUACGGCGCGUGCUGCAACGAGAUGGACAUAUGGGAGUCGAAUUCCCUUUCUCAAGCACUCACACCCCACUCGUGCAACAUCACGGGCCUGUACAAGUGCACCAGCGAGGAGGAGUGCGGCCAGGACGUCGGCGUGUGCGACGAGUGGGGAUGCAGCUACAACCCAUACCUGAACGGAGCUCACGACUACUACGGUCCGGGCCUGAAGGUCGACACGAAGCGCAAAUUCACCGUCAAGACGAUAUUCGUCACCGACAAUGGCGAGGCAACCGGCACGCUGACCGAGAUCCAAAGAGUGUACAUCCAGGACGGCAAGGUGAUCGAGAACCAGUCCACGACCGUCGGAGGCGAGGAAGUGUCGGCCAUCACCGAUGGGUACUGCAACGCGACCGCGUCGUGGUUCCAGCAGCGCGGUGGGUUGCCGACUAUGGGAGAAGCGAUUCAGAGGGGCAUGGUCUUGCAUAUGGUCAUCUGGAAUCACCCCGACACUUUCAUGAACUGGCUGGAUAGCGGUGAUGCUGGGCCAUGCAACGCGACCGAGGGCGACCCGGCAUUCAUUGAGAAGAAUCACCCGGACACGGCUGUCACUUUCUCGAACUUCAAAUGGGGUGAUAUUGGGUCGACUUAGGGUAUGUAACAUGAAAGCUCAUGUCCCAGAUUAAGAGCGUUCAAUAACAGUACCACCUUUAGCAGAAGGUCGACCACCCCCGCCCUGCCUAGAUUGAAAGCAUAUUUAUAAGGAUGCGCCCAGGUGCCCGACGUACCACAGCAGCAUGGAGGUCAAGUCACACUGCAUGUUUGUAGCCUGCAGCCGUACCUAAAUGCGACGAUCCUUGAGCUGGCAACUUUGAGGGGUACUUGCCGCCUCCACAUUUUCCCUCCAACGGACACUGGAUGUUG